GAACCUGAGCCGCGCCCCCCUCACGCCGACAGUCUUCAGUACGAGAAGUGGGCCCGCCAGGCCUCCGUUAGCCGAGGGAGCCAGUGCUGCGGGAAGGAGUGCAGAGGGGUCUCACUGGGUUCCCAACCAGACCUACGUAGAUCCGGGAGUGGCGCGCGCCAUCUGAACGGGAUGUGCAGAUGGAGGCCGGUGGAGACGCUGCUGCCCCAGCCCCUGGGGACGCGGAGGACGUGGAGGACACGCAGUUCCCCAGUGAGGAGGCUGGAAACGGUGGAGAUGUUCACGAGGGCUCGCCGGAUCCCGAAGAUGGGGGCCUGGAGGAAACAGGACCUGAGACCAAGGAACAGCCACCUGACCUGCUGUCACCACUGCCACAGUUGGAGGCCCCAUCAUGCACCUGUGGGCUCUGGAGUCCUGCAGCCUCUGAGAAUAGUCCCAUGGGUGGCCCCGAGAGUGGCUCUGGGGGCCAGGGCGGGGACCCCAGUGACGAGGACUGGCGCAGCAAGCGGAAGCACGUGUUUGUGCUGAGCGAGGCAGGCAAGCCCAUCUACUCGAGGUACGGUAGUGUGGAGGCACUGUCGACUACCAUGGGUGUGAUGACAGCCUUGGUGUCCUUCGUGCAGAGUGCAGGAGAUGCCAUCCGCGCCAUCUAUGCUGGUGAGCAAAGGAGCACGAGGCAGGAUGAGGACCACAAGCUGGUGUUCCUACAGCAGGGCCCACUGCUGCUGGUGGCUGUGUCAAGGACUCCUCAGUCAGCAUCCCAGCUGCGCGGGGAGCUGCUCGCUGUGCACGCACAGAUCGUGAGCACGUUGACGCGCGCAAGCGUGGCCCGCAUCUUCGCACGCAAGCAGAACUACGACCUCCGCCGCCUGCUGGCCGGCUCGGAGCGCACACUGGACCGGCUUUUGGACAGUAUGGAGCGGGACCCAGGUGCCCUGCUGCUGGGCGCUGUGCGCUGUGUGCCCCUCGCUCGCCCGCUGCGGGAAGCACUGGGUGCACUCCUACGACGAUGCACAGCACCUGGUCUGGCACUGUCAGUGCUGGCGGUUGGCGGUCGACUGGUGACAGCAGCCCAGGAGCGCACUGUGCUGGCCGAGUGCAGGCUGGACCCAGCUGACCUGCAGUUGCUGCUCGACUGGGUGGGUGCACCGGCCUUCGCAGCAGGAGAAGCGUGGGCACCUGUGUGCCUGCCCCGCUUCAACCCCGAUGGUUUCUUCUAUGCCUACGUGGCCCGCCUGGAUGCCAUGCCUGUGUGCCUGCUGCUGCUUGGCACCGACCCUGAGGCGUUCCAUGACAUGGCCACCUGCCGGCGCUUGGUUGAAGACGGCAUGCACACCCUUGGUGCCAUGCGUGCCCUCCGGGAGGCUGCCAGCUUCUCUAAUGCCUCAUCAGCCAGUGCCCCUGCCUACAGUGUGCAGGCAGUGGGGGCACCUGGACUCCGGCACUUCCUCUAUAAGCCGCUGGACAUCCCUGACCAUCACCGCCAGCUGCCCCAGUUUACCAGCCCUGAGCUAGAGGCCCCGUACAGCAGAGAGGAGGAGCGGCAGCGCCUGUCAGACCUAUACCACCGCCUACACGCGCGCCUCCAUAGCACCUCCCGGCCCCUGCGACUCAUUUAUCACGUGGCUGAGAAGGAGACGCUGCUGGCCUGGGUGACUUCCAAAUUUGAGCUCUAUACCUGCCUCAGCCCCCUGGUGACCAAGGCAGGUGCCAUCUUGGUAGUGACCAAACUCCUGCGCUGGGUGAAGAAGGAAGAGGAUCGGCUCUUUAUUCGUUACCCACCCAAGUACUCCACACCCCCAGCAGCCCCAGCUGCCUCUGCGGACCAGGCUUCCCAUAAUGGCUUGUUCACUGGCCCUUGAGAGGUGGAGAUCCCAGAUUGGGAAGUGCUGGCAAGGACCACCUUUGGCUUUUACCUUCUGUCUCCACCCUGGAAAUGGGGCAUGGGUGGGGCGGCAGGGGCGUUAGUGGUGGUGUCUGUGGCUGGUCCCUGUCUCCCUGGACAAAGGGGCAAGAUCUGAGGGUCUGCCCACAAAUGAGAGAUGGGUGGCAGCACGACUGCACACAGUGAGCAGGCUGCUUCCCCAGCCCCCUCAUGCACCUCCACCUCUGGGGAAAUCCUUAGGAAAACCUCUUCCCCUCUCUCUGCCUCACCUUCUCCACUUUGAUGAUGUUCAGGCAUCUGUCAGGGGCUGCCUCCUCCUAUCCUGGGCACCACCCCUUCUGUACUGCAUGGAGUCUGCCUCUGCGAGGGGAUCUCAGCCCUGAGUGUCCAGAGCUGCCCAAGGUCUCUUUGGGUGGCCCACAGGGAUUCUGGAACUGGGAGUACAGGGCCAGCCUGUGCUUGGAACCAGCCUGAGGAUAUUUUAAAGAAAAACUUUACAUGAAAGGCUGGAAACCCGUCCCCACAGGGACAUUCCUUUGCCCUUCAUGCACUUCAUCUGUACCCUGUCCAAAAUGACCAUCAACGCUGGCUGCUGCUAAUAUGAACGAAAAUGUACCCUUCAGGGUCUCCCUGUCUAUGUAAACCAGGACAAAGUCCCUGACUUCCCCCAGUGGCUUAAAUCCAGAAUUUCUACACAGGAUGUGCACUUGGCUUCUAAGGCUCAUUCUACUCAUCCGUGAAAUGGAGAUAACUAACCUCGCAUAGGCUGUUCAGUGUGUGAACAGAAAGGAACUCAAACUCUUGUGCACCACUACAGAGCACAUGCACGUUUGUCCCAGCCUUGCACAACUUGCACAACACAGGCAACCUGGAGAGGGAGAGACCUCCCUACAGUUUUGUAUGUGUGUGCACAACACUCUCCAACCGACUAAGACCCUAAUUCUGCCCUCCUUUUCACUCGUGGUGUACGCAUGCGCGCUAACUGUUGCUCAGGGGCUUGGCGCGCUCUGUUUGCCUGGACCAUGGCUCCUCACCCUGGUCUACUGAUGGGUAAACGCGCACUGCACGCAUGCGCGUUGCAGGGCCUUUCGCCCUCGCGUGGUGUUUUUUUUUUUUGUUUUUUUUUUUAACCAAUCAUGUUACAAGGCGCACCCGUGCAAGCCUCGCGUUGGAAAAUGGCGGGCAAGCUGGAGCCUUUGAAAGUGGAGCCACUGGAAGUCGCGGAGGAGUCUGAGGAGGCUGAAGGUAGCGAGUGCAGGCGGGCCUCUCCCCUGGGGCAGAAGGGAGGGAGCCUUCGUCCCAUUACAGUAAUGAAAUAUUUAUAGCAGUACUAAAAAAAAAGGUAAAAUUGUAAGCCUUUUAUAAAAAAAGAUACUGUUCAACAAAGUGGAGAAAAAUAACAUGAAUAUUCUCAUCUAGAUUAACUCUUGUCAGCUUUAUUGGAUAUAUGGGGUAAGUAUUUUAAAGUAAACAAUAGACUCAGUACUUCAAUUUGCAUCUCAACGGAGAAAAGAGGUGGAUGUGCUCGUAAAAAUCACCGUGCUGCUGCCACAUCUAAGAAAGUGAACAGUGAUUGCCCAAUAUCAUCAUUUCACACCUGGCCCAUACCACACUGUGCAUGGACUCUUCGGUUUUACUGAGAACGGCCGCUUCCACAGACAGGUUCUUUUCUCCAGGGCAUUUUGUGGAUAAUAGUCCCCCAACCCCUAGUGAGAGGGGAAAAAAUAAAAUCAUCCUGGAGACAAUUGGAAACUGCAGUCUAGUCAAAAGAAGAAAACCUUCCAAGACAAUGAGCCACUACUAUGCCACUAGCAUUUUUUAAUUAGAAAUUUUCAAAAUGUACCAAAGUACAGAAAACAGAAUGAUGAACGCCCAUCUCCCCAUCACUGUUUCAACAGUUGUUGACUUUCUGCCCUCCUUUCAUCAAUCUCUAACCCCUCUUCCUACAGACUCUUUCAACUGCUAUAUUAAUAAACGCGUUGGAUGGCAUUUUCCCAGACCUAUCUAUGCAGACAUCAACAAUAAUAAUGACUUGCUUGUUUAUUGUCUGUCCUAGGAUGUGAGCUCCAUGAGAACCAUUUACUGCUGUUUCCCCAACUCCUAAAACAAUGCCUGCUUGGCACAUAGUGGGUGCUCCAUGAUUUUUUUUUUUAUUGUGUGAAUAAUGAAAUAACUUAAAACCAAGAGCUCUCUUAGAUUAGGACCACACAUUGAAUGCCAACUUUCAACAAAGGACAGACAAAAAUAAGAUAGAUGCAAAUAGAUCUCAUUUAUUAAGCACUUACUAUAGCUGACACUGUGCUAAAAAACUAUGUUAAUAUCAAUCUUUCAAAUUCAUCAAAAGUGAAGUUAUUAAUUUCACCAGCAAUGGAGAAAAUAUAAAAGCAUGUCAAGUUACCAUUUCCGGCCCAUCAAAAUUGGCUUUAUAAAGGGAGAAAUAAUAUCUAAUAUUGAUUACUCUGUGGGCAAAAAGGCCGUCUCUUGCCUCACUGGGAGAACUGACCAGUAAAGGCUUUGCUGGAGGCAGAAUAUGUUUAGCAUCUCAAAUGCUACUCCAUGUCUUCAGUCACUGUGCUUGGUAAUAGGAGGACUACACAGACCUGUGGACCAGGAAGGGUCAUUGGAGUGUUGUUGAUGGAAGGAAAACACGAGGAGCAAUCACAGAAAUAGCUGCAUUGAGGUAUAGCCAUGCCUAUUGUGGAAUGCCCACGUGGUGGGCUUUUUUUUUAAGUGGCAGGAAAAAAUAGUUAAAUUCUAACUUAAUUUAAAAUGAUGAAAAAUUAAUUUUUAAAAGGAUAAGAUCAUGAUUUAUUGACAUAGAAUGAGCUCCAAAAGAGAUCCUAUUUUUAUGAGAGAAAAGCAAGUUGGGAUUAAAAAAAAAAAAAGAGGGGGCACUGUCAACUCUAGCCCUGUGUAUGUAGCACAGAAAAAUGGAGGCUAAAGACCUACCAGAUGAUCCAAACAAGGGACUUGGAUUUGGCGGGCUGCACACAGGUUGAGGCGUUUUUGUGACUUUUGUUUUUUGGGAAAAUGUAAGUAGUUCUAUAUAAUUUUAAAAUGGAAAAAUUUGAAUGGCAUUUGAGGAUGAUAUAUUAAUAAAUAUUAACAUCCCGGUUUUGAUGAUUAUAUUGUGGUUACCUGGUAGAGUCCCUUUGUAUAUUGGAAAUAUACAGUGGACUGCUAAGGAAUAAUGAUGCGUGCAAUUUAUGGGACAGAAACGCUCCCAAAUGGGAAAUCUGAUACAAGAGCAAAUAGGAGCAUUGUGGUCUAUUUCUACAACCUUUGUGUACGUCUGAAAUUAUUUCAAAAUAAAAUGUUCAAAAAGGGGG